AUGGGUUCAUACAUAUCUGCACGAGCUAUUCGUUACAUAAAACAGACGGUGAGAGUUCAGACAGAUGACGUACGUGAUGGUAGUGCACUUUACCUGAUGAUGAUGCACUUGCUUGCACUUGCAGUGUUGAUGAGCACGCAAAUUCAAGGGAUUUUCUUGGUGGGAUGUUACGUGCUGCAAUUUGAUUACUACUAUUUAUACAUUACACGUACACGUAUCGCACCCGUCAGUUUAAUUGCAGUAUUAACGAGAUCUUAA